CCCUUCCAAAUGUCCAAAUCUCCCGACUUUCCAAAACCCAUCCUCCCCCCACCAAUCACUCUUUGACUCCACUCAACUUGUUCAAGCACCAGCCGCCUCAGCCGCCGCCUUCCACCCCCAAACACAGGGACUCCACCUCCAAGAAGUCCUCCUCCACCCAUCCUCCCGACCUCCACCACAACAUCCACCGUCCCCCUCCCGCCCCCGCCUCCACCGCCACCUCCCUUUCAUGCUCCAACCCAAUGUUCUCCUCCACCCCAUUUCUGGUCUCUUUCUUCCUCUUCCUUUCUCUCCCUCUCCUAUUCCUCCUCGGCCCUCGCUUCCUCCCCCCCUCCCACCCCACCGUCCCCAUUUCCCCCGCCGACGAACUCGACGACCAAAUCCUCUUCUCCCGCGCCCUCAACCCUAACCCUAACCGACCCAAACCCACCUUCUCCCACCUCGCCCUCGAUUCCAAAUCCUCCAAGCCCAAAAUCGCCUUCCUCUUCCUCACCAACACCGACCUCCACUUCGCCCCUCUCUGGUCCUGCUUCUUCUCCAAAACCAACCCCAAUCUUUACAAUAUUUACGUCCAUGCCGACCCCUCUGCCAACGUCACUCUUCCCCCCGGCACCGUCUUCCACAACCGCCUCGUCCCCUCCAAGCGCACCUACCGCGCCUCCGCCACCUUGAUCUCCGCCACGCGCCGCCUCCUCGCCUCCGCCAUCAUCGACGACCCUGCCAACAUGUUCUUCGCCGUCCUCUCCCAGCACUGCGUCCCCCUCCACUCUUUUCGAUACGUCUACCAUUCCCUCUUCUUCUCCACCACCUUCGACUUGACCCGCCCCGCUGCCGACUCCGACGAUGCCGAGUUGACUCGCAUGGGACUCAAGAUCCGCUACAAGAGCUUCAUCGAGAUCAUCUCCAAAUCCACCAAUCUCUGGAAGCGGUACUCCGCCCGAGGACGCUUCGCGAUGAUGCCGGAGGUUCCAUUCGAUCAAUUCCGGGUCGGAUCUCAGUUUUUCCUCCUUACGCGCCAUCACGCGCUCGUGGUGCUCAAGGAUCGCGCGCUCUGGAGAAAGUUCAGAGUGCCGUGUUACAGAGAAGACGAAUGCUACCCGGAAGAGCACUACUUUCCGACCUUGUUGUCAAUGGCGGAUCCGGAAGGGGUAACCCGUUACACUCUUACCCGGGUUAAUUGGACGGGCACGGUUAACGGGCACCCGUACACGUACCGACCCGGGGAAGUGUCGGCGGAGUUGAUUUAUCGGCUGCGGAAGUCUAAUUUCUCGGAGUCGUACUUGUUCGCGAGGAAGUUCUCGCCGGAUUGCCUGAAACCCUUGUUGGAUUUGGCCGAUAAAGUCAUUUUCCGGGACUGAGAUUCGCCGCAUUCACUCUGGU